AUGAACAAUGCCAUUUCCAAAGUUAAAGAGUAUUUGGAGGAGGCAGAGCUCGAAAAAAUCGCAAAAACAUUAAUUGUGCCCAGCCAUGACGAAAAAGUGCGUGUUUAUCUCCGGUUCCACAAGGAGCCAGUCACGUUGUUUGGUGAAGACAGAGCCGAUAGACGAGCCAGACUCCGCAAGGUGAUGGCUCUUUGUAAAAAGCAAGACAAGCCGGUAUACCCGCCCAAAGAAGAUGAAUCAGAAGAUGAAUCUCCAAUAGACCGCACACUUAAGGGCACUGAAGAACUACGGCAAGCGCGGUUGUUCAUUGCACACGAUUGUAUUCCUCGGUCUAAUGCUCGACUCGCUGAUGAAAAAGCGCUGUACGACAGCUACAAAGCGGACGAAAAGAGUUUUAUUUUGAGUGAGAUUGAUAAAAGACGACAGCUACGAUUUGAGUUGGCGAAAAUCACGCCCUACGGCUCGCAAUCGGGAUUCCAAAGACCUGUUUCUGCAGUAAAUUUCCACCCAGAUCAAGAUGUUCUUGCAGCUGCUGAUUGGUCUGGAACAAUAUCUUUAUUCGACCAAAAUACUCUCGAAAAAGUGGCAAGCUCCAGUGAACACAACGGGAAAGUUACAGGGGUUGUGUGGGGUGACAACGUCUUGGCGAGCGGUGCGCAAGAUGGCCGGAUUCUGCUCCAUGAUUCUUCUCUCAACCAAGUUGCCGUACUUUCAGGUCAUACUUCCCGAGUUGCAAAGUUAGACUUUCACCCAACAAAGAAAUAUCUGGCAUCUGCUGGUUUCGACGAGGUUUGGAACUUGUGGGAUUGCGAAAAAACCACAUGCCUUUUGUCUCAACCGGGUCACUCAAAACCACUAUAUACUGUUUCAUUUCAUCCUGAUGGCAACCUGCUCUUAUCCGGCGGUCUAGACGGUAUUGGAAGAAUCUGGGAUCUACGGUCAGGCAAGUCUAUCAUGGUUCUUGACGGUCACCUGCGUGAGAUUUACUCUUCAGGCUGGUCGUUCAAUGGAUACAACUGCUUCACUGGCGGAGCGGACAAUAAUGUUCUUGUUUGGGAUCUUCGUCAAGGCUUGAAAAGUCAUGAAAUCCCCGCUCACCACAAUAUUGUUUCCGAUUUACACGUUACACGGGACUUUAUCAUAACAGCAUCUUACGACCAAACCGUAAGAUUUUGGGAUUCUGAUACUUGGGAAUUGCUGCAAUCUAUACAGACUGGUGAUAAAGUACUUUCAGUCGACUAUAAAUCAACCCUUUUGGGGCUCGGACGUUGGGAUCGUACUAUCGAUAUUUAUUGUUAG